ACCCUUCAUUUCAUAUUUUUUGGAAAACUCAACCAUGGCAGGUCGACUUCCAGCGGUCGUUAUCGACAACGGCACCGGCUACACCAAGAUGGGCUACGCCGGCAACACCGUGCCCCAGUACAUCAUCCCGUCCUCGAUCGGCAUUAAGGAGAGCGCGAUGGUGGGAGACAAGUCCCAGCGCCGUGUGACCAAGGGCGUCGACGACCUCGACUUCUACAUUGGUGACGAAGCCGUUGAGAACGAACGCACCUACGCCACCCACUACCCCAUCCGCCACGGUAUUGUCGACGAUUGGGACUUGAUGGAGCGCUACUGGGAGCAGGCAAUUUUCAAGUACCUGCGCGCCGACCCCGAGGACCACUACUUUUUGCUGACCGAGCCCCCGCUCAACACGCCCGAGAACCGCGAGUACACGGCCGAGGUCAUGUUCGAGUCGUUCAACGUCCAGGGUCUGUACAUUGCCGUCCAGGCCGUCCUGGCUCUUGCCGCGUCGUGGACGUCGCGCCAGGUCAACGAGCGCACGCUCACCGGCACGGUCAUUGACUCUGGCGAUGGUGUGACCCACGUCAUCCCCGUCGCGGAGGGCUACGUCAUUGGCUCGUCCAUCAAGCACAUUCCGAUCGCUGGUCGCGACAUUACCUACUUUGUGCAGCAACUGCUCCGCGAGCGCGAGUCGUCCAUCCCCCCGGAAGAAUCGCUCGAGGUCGCAAAGCGAAUCAAGGAGACGUACAGCUACGUCUGCCCCGACAUUGUCAAGGAAAUGGAAAAGUACGACACUGAGCCCUCCAAGUGGAUCAAGCUCUUCGAAGGCCAGCACUCUGUCACCAAGAAGCCCUACUCUGUUGAGGUCGGCUACGAGCGCUUCCUCGGCCCCGAAAUCUUCUUCCACCCCGAGUUUGUCAACGGCGAUUUCCAGACCCCGAUCUCGACUGUCGUCGACCAGGUCAUCCAGAGCUGCCCCAUCGACACCCGUCGUGAUCUUUACAAGAACGUCGUUCUUUCCGGCGGUUCGACCAUGUUCAAGGACUUUGGCCGCCGUCUCCAGCGCGAUGUCAAGCGCUUUGUCGACUACCGCCUCAAGGCCACCGAGUCUCUCUCUGGCGGCGCCAUCAAGCCCCAGCCCAUCGACGUCAACGUCAUCACCCACCACAUGCAGCGCUACGCCGUCUGGUUUGGUGGCUCCAUGCUUGCCUCGACUCCCGAAUUCUACCAAGUCUGCCACACCAAGGCUGAUUAUGAGGAGCACGGCCCGUCCAUUUGCCGCCACAACCCGGUCUUUGGCACCAUGACAUAAGUGAUUUGAUAUCUCUCUUUUUUUGACCGAGGCGCUUUUGCGGUACUUUCAGAGGCAAAACUGCAGUCACUUUGCCAUCUCCAGCCUUGUUGGCUUUUUUUUUUGUGUUCUCAAGUCUCCUUGGUUUUCUUUUUCCCCGUGUCGAGCUUUCUUUGUUUCAGUCCCAGCUGGAUCUGUGUCCCUGCAAGCAAACGCGCCCUUUUCUCCUCGACAAGAAGAUUUGGAACUCAGUGGCGUUGUUUUUGACUUUUGUUUGUUUCUGCCUUUGGCGUUUUUUUGGUCAACUUUUUCUCUCUCUCUUUCUUUCUUUUGCACAUUUAGUGCUCCACCUUGUGUAUGUUCUCUUUCUCUCUUCCCUCUCUCGCCUCUUCGUCUUCCUGAUCCUGUGUCCUGUCACUCUCUCGUCGUUUUUCGGAACUUAUGCGUCUGUGAUUUGCGUCCCAUUGUGAAAACAAACAUAAAACCUUACCUCUCCCCCAA